AUGCUGGGCGUUGGGAUGGCAUUUCCUAUCAUCUUCGCGGUUGAGUGCCUAUCGAGCCAUUCUUCUGCUCAUUUCAUCCCGACAACCAGAGCUAUCCCAAAGCACGUCGCAGACUAUCUUUUCAUCGGGGUUAUACUGGGCUACGCGGUUCCGACACUGUCGAUUUUCCUCAUUGAUGAUUCGGUGGUCAAGCAGCUGGCCAUCUUUCUUUUCCAGUUCGCGCCGAUACUUGUAAUUGGAGUCGUCAAAGCGUGUGCUUGCCUAGACGGAACAGCGUUCCAAAAGCAAACGGAAGAUCACAAAGAGCCCCUCACCAAAGACGAUGACACUAGAGACCUCCUAGGCCUCAAGAACUUCUACAAGCGAAUGUUUGCCGUUUGUGCAUCUAUUCACUUUUUGAUCAUUGCCACCAUGCUGAUCACAAACGGCUCUUUAUCUCGAUUCUUCCUGCCUCGAAACAUUUACGACACCGUCAAUAGCCUCGCCAGAGGUUCGGAGCUCUUUUUUCAAGCCGAUGUCGUCGUGCUAUGCCUCUCUAUGGCUGUCUGGGGAAGCGUUGCGGUAUUUGACGUUUACCGCACAGGUUUGAGCAACGUCAAACCUCUUGACGGCAUUGCGUUGUUCUUAGUUGGCAGUGUUAUAGUUGGCCCUGGAGCUGCUUUACAUGCUUUGUGGGCAUGGCGCGAGACACUGAUGGCCAAAACUUCCUUUGGCCGCGUCAAUGAAGUCUGA